UUUUCAGUCAACAGUUUAAAAGUAGCAAACGUGUGUUCAGUUCUUUGCAACCGAAACACCAGCGAACGACUAACAGCUUUAGAAAAAGAACGCAAAGGAAGAAAACUACUACUACUACUACAAAUGAGGGUCCGUGGAAUACGAAUCAGGCUCAAGUAUCUGACGCUCGUCAUCACAGACACUGGCAAGGAGUCUUGGCGCAAGUGGCUGGCCUCCAGUUGGGUAGUUUAAGUUUUUCCCUACCUUCAACUGGCACUGUACUUGGAGGAACGAUGGAAUUACAUGGUUGCAAUAUCAGCCUCGCCUGUUUCCAUGGGAUUAAUUUCAAGAGUAAAAGUUGGGCGAUAUUCUCGUUGAAGGAACCAUGCAUUAGUUUUACUACUGAAGCUCAAGAAAUUCCAAGCGUCGAGUCUCCGAAUACUCGCGACGUCCACGUUGUACAAACUCUGACUAUUAGUUUAGGUCAACAACAGGAACAGCAUGCGAGGCAUCAUUCUAUGGCCACUGUCUGCAAACUCAGUCGCAGUGUUUUAUUCCCACCGCAGUUUAAAUCCUUGCAAGAAUGGUUCCAUUAUGCAUUCGCAAGCAGCGAUAUUGAUGCUGUUGAUCGGUUUCCCUGUGUUGAGAGGGAACGGACAGACAGCACGUCGGAUACAGCGAAUGUGACUCGCGGUAGAACCACCUCGACUAAUACUGGGAAACUACAAGAACAUUCACAUGCGAGGGAAGUCAUAUUUGCUCUACCUUCACUGCAGUUGCAUCUGAAAACCGAACACCUACAAACUGCAAAAACUCCGGUUGUUAUUGGAGCUCCUAAACAUGUUGUAUAUAGUAAGUAUGUGAGAGAAUUAUUGUUUAGUUUAUUUCAAAUCUGGUAAGAAGCGUUUAAGGA